GAAUAAGACACCAGCCAUUGUUACUCAAACUUCAGCUGUAUUUAUAUCGGUAUUACCUGGUUGAGGAUAAAUACACCAUGUCUACAAUUGAAAUAAUAAAAGAACAAACGUCCGGCUUCAGACUAUCAACUCGAAAUGACAACGUGCGAGGAUGCUUGAUUAAGGAAUACCAUUUCGACUGCAGCGUACCAACAUUCCUCAAAGAAAUACACUUUACCAACUUUUACGCUAAAAGCGCUUCUGCACAUCUAUGUUACCAAGACACGGCUUCUACAGAACCCGUCUGGGUUAAUCUCUUCAAAAUUCAGAUGAUGAAAGAUAUUCACACUUCCUCUGGUGCAUGUACUCAAGUUAGAAUAACACUCCCUCCAACUUUCGAAACAGUUAAAUCAAGGAAACGGUUGUUCAAACUAUGUAUACAGUUACAACAACCCUCCGUAAUGUGGAAAGAAUAUACAAUAACAAAUGUGCAAUUUUUUGAUGAGUAUUUAGACAAUUCUAACCAAACUGCAACAGAUCCCAUUGAAGGUCUACACACACAUUUAAUCAAUGAGACACAGAAUGCUUUGACCACACUUUGCACACUAAUGGAAUUUAAACAAACAAUACAAAGCCGUGAACUUAACGAAACAGAUAUCCUAGCCCUAUCUGACGCACACUUUGAAAUUACUUGAAGUUACCAGGAAUCAACAGGAAGACCGAUCACGUAUUUAACACACCAUUGAGGUUGAGAAAACCUACCACAUAACGGGAGGAUAUUUACAAACAUGGAAGGCGCGCCCACAGCUUAUUGGAGAUAAGGAUGAAGAAAACAAAGUGUUCAUGGUAUGCCAAAAUAGUUCUCCUAAAUGAUAGUAUCAGCGACACUGGAGAAAAAGUGAAUAGGCAGUCUUACCACAUAUUUACUUCUACACCGUAAAAUGUGAUGGAAAAGUUUCAUUCCUCACAGAAACUAACGAUAUAACUCAAAGUGACGCAGAACGCACGAGUGUUCGCAAAGUAUGUGACGUAUAGAAGCGAUAUGGCUCAAAAUCGUUUGCAAUGGCACAGGUGCAUCCACUCUCUGUGUUCUCUCAAACUCUAAUCUUCUGUAUUCUUCAUGUCUUUUAUUUUCUAUUCCACUGGAUUAUACUCCUUGAAUAACAUCUUCAAACCCUGAUGUUCCUUAUCACUAAUUAUACUUUUAGUACCUCUACCACUAUGGAAUUUGAAUCUAUAAGUGAAUCUCUGUGCUAAUGCGGUAUGGCAACUCGAACUGAUGUACGUACGUACGAAGUUCCACGUUGUUACUGACUGACUGACAGAAGCGAUAUAUCUAAAAGAACUGACACUUCAUAAUACAAUAAUACUGAGGACUUAGUUUCCGAAUGCAUGAAAAUCUAAAUUGUUUGUGACUGUAAAUUAAAUAAUACUCGUUAUUGUAAAU